AUGGCCCCUAUACCUGCCAAAAGGAUAAAGACUCUGUCAGUAUCACGUCCUAUAAUUUAUGGUAAUACGGCGAAAAAAAUGGGUGAGAUUAAGCCGCCCAAUGCACCUGUGGAACAUACACAUAUGUGGACUAUCUUUGUGAAAGGCCCCAAUGGGGAGGACCUCUCAGAUAUCAUUAAAAGCGUGGUAUACAAACUACAUGAAACGUACCCGAAUCCCACACGAACUGUAGAGGCUCCACCAUUCGAACUAACCGAAACCGGCUGGGGUGAGUUUGAAAUUAAUGUAAAGAUCAAUUUUGUUGAUUCUGCUGGUGAAAAGACGCUCAGCUUCUACCACCACUUGCGGCUUCACAAGUAUCACAACGUGGGUACUAAUGUAGUUAAAACUGAAAACGAUGUUGAAGGCUCUGAGGUAGAGUCGAUUUUCUAUGAUGAAGUUGUGUUUAACGAACCCAACGAGGACUUCUUCAAGGUACUGAUGGCCAAACCUGGCUAUCUGCUACCAUCCAAUAAGACGGACAAAAUUAUGUUUUCCAAGCAGCUGGAAAGAGAGGAGAUUGAUCGAAUCAAAAUUGGGAUUGGAAAGGUCGACGAGGAGAUCGAUGCUUUAAAGGAGACAUUAGCAGAAUUGAUACAAACGUAG